AUAGGACAACUAGAAAACAAUAAUUAACCGUAAAGCAGUUGGCAGCAAUGGGGAAAAAGAAACCCACCCCCGUGGAGGACUUGAUAAUCCCACCACAGGAUGGAAAGAUAUGUGGCGUGAUAUGCAUUUGUCAACUGACGUUCGUGUUGAGCACCGUUGCGAUCGUCUAUCUGACCGUGGCCAUCUACAUGCCCUCGUCACGUGCGUUCAAGAGUGGGAUAGACGAAACACCGGUCAUGUGUACCACGACCAAGGCCUUAAACAAGGACGCCUGUGAGUGGGGAUCGUGUGGCGAGUGGUGUCUCAGCAAGACAUCCGGAGCGUGCAUCCAGAUCUAUGUUCACUUGCGUAACAAUGGCAGCAGCCUGACGUUCCAGAAUUGUACCAAUUCAGCGAAUAAAACAUGCUAUGGGAUAGAUCAGGAGAACGCCAAGAAGGCCCGUUGCAUUGCGGAUGAGUGCAAAAAUCUCACGGGAACCUUCAACUGCACUACCGGAAUGUGCAUCAACAUUACCGACGCGUUCGAAUGCGUAUUUCAUAAUACAGACGUACCGCUAAAAUGCUCCGGGAGAAGAGGCAAGAUCACCUGCAUCGACAUCAACGGGUUGUUCUCGUGUAAUCGUGGAACAUGUCGAAAGAUAAAAACUCCAUACAAUUGUGACCGCCGUUGUGUGGACAUUCCAACCCGGAAUAAAAAUAUGAUUCUAUUGAGUGGAGAUAAAGUUUAUCUUUCGCAAUGUUCAGUUGCGAUUGAUGCAGCUACGAAUCAAGAGGUGUGGAACGAAAGCGAUGGGAAGGUCAUAAUGUCAUCAUGCUACACCAUACAAAAUACUACCAACGGUAUUCAAGCGACGGAUUGCGUCAACGGAUCGCUUCUGGAGAAAGACGAACUGACCGAUCUGACCAAUUUCACCUACUUGAGCUAUCUGCACUAUGCGGUUUCGACACCGGUCAAAACGAUUGCACCACUCGAGCAAGACUUGACAAUUUCGAACGAGUCCGGACUGAUGAUCAAUUUAGAAGGUUGCGUCAACACACUGCAGGACGAAUGCAAGGACUUCCUCAAGGAAUACGGAAAGGACGGUACUGACCACAACGCCAGAGCACGAUUCCCAUGUUUUCACUCCAAGGGCAACACGGACAAGGUAGUGGCACGUUUCAAUUUAGAAACCACCUACAAGCAGUUUGUCGUUGGCUUUGUCGUACCGACGGUUCUGUUUGCUGUGUCCUGUCUCACGUUGAUAUUCUGCCAGAAAACUAUCCACGUCGGCGACGAUGCCAAAAUGCGCUUCGUGGGAUGCGCUAACAAAGAGGGGUCCACGGCUAACGGUGGAGCCAAGAAUAAAGCGAACGCCAACUCUGGUGAUGGCGGUGGAGGUGGCGACUCGGUUAUGGCUCUUUGAGAUCCAUCACGCAUUCCUCUACUGCAAGAAGACAGUCCAGUGCAUCAAUCGGGUGUAUUUUCACUACAUUGAUUUGAGUCUACAGUACAACUCCUUCUGAAUUCUUCUUCUUUCGAACGAACAGAUAAAUCCAGUUACUUUUAACCUUCGUCAUUAUAUUGAGUGUGCACCAGAGAUAGUUCAUAAUUAUGUUAAGGAAAAAGCUAAACCAACCCAGAGAUUUUGAUCCUCACACUAUUUAAUUAACUCUGCACGAUAUGUCCCAUUUGAGAGCUCAUAAAAAGUUGCAUGCAACUUGCAUUGCGACAGAGAUAUAGGAAACAUUACAAAACAUUCCCUAAACUACAUCCAACGACCAAUAUGAUAAGUUUAUAUCAACCUACGCUGUAUCCUGUGCAAUUUGAAAACCGUUUACAGUUGUGUUAGCCGAAGAAGAAAUCCAUAUUUUGAUAUUCAUAUUGUUAAUUCCAGUUAUUGUUCGCUUAUGUGUACCAGCAAUAAACCGAUGCAAACCAAUGACACUAAAGGGAGAAAAAUAGUGUUUUGCACCUAGUCGUGUGUAUUGUCUAGUGUUUGUUGAAGCAGAACCGAUUUCGUUACGUUACGUUAGGUUAUGUUGAAAGUAUUAAUUAGUGAAUAACAUCGGAAGCGUACACCACACACAUUGAUCGACACCGCAGACGUCAUUGCAAGGAUUCGAACUAAAACGAAGAAAAGCCAA